GGUGUUCGGGUGCCGUAGACCUUUCCUCCCUCGUCCACCCGCGGGCCAGCCGAGCCGGCGGAGGAUGAGGUCGUCCUGUGUCCUGCUCACCGCCCUGGUGGCGCUGGCCGCCUAUUACAUCUACAUCCCCCUGCCCAGCUCCGUGUCCGAUCCCUGGAAGCUGAUGCUGCUGGACGCCACUUUCCGGAGCGCACAGCAAGUGAGCAGCCUGAUCCACUACCUGGGCCUGAGCCAUCACCUGCUCGCACUGAAUUUUAUCAUCGUUUCUUUUGGCAAGAAAAGCGCAUGGUCGUCUCCUCAGGUGAAGGUGACCGACACUGACUUUGACGGUGUGGAGGUCAGAGUGUUUGAGGGCUCCCCAAAGCCAGAAGAGCCUUUGAAACGCAGCGUUGUUUACAUCCAUGGAGGAGGCUGGGCUUUGGCCAGUGCAAAAAUCAGGUAUUAUGAUGAACUGUGUACUGCAAUGGCUGAAGAAUUGAAUGCUGUCAUUGUCUCCAUUGAAUACAGGCUAGUUCCAAAGGUUUAUUUUCCUGCACAAAUUCACGACGUUGUACGAGCCACGAAGUAUUUUCUGCAGCCGGAAGUCUUACACAAGUAUUCGGUUGACCCAGGCAGAAUUGGCAUUUCUGGCGACAGUGCUGGUGGGAAUUUGGCUGCUGCUCUGGGCCAACAGUUUGCUCAAGAUGCCAACCUGAAAAACAAGCUCAGAGUGCAAGCUUUAAUAUAUCCAGUUCUUCAAGCUUUAGAUUUCAACACACCCUCUUACCAGCAAAAUGUAAACACCCCAAUCCUGCCCCGUUAUGUCAUGGUGAAGUACUGGGUGGACUACUUCAAAGGCAACUAUGACUUUGUCCAGGCAAUGAUCGUCAACAACCACACUUCGAUGGACGUGGAAGAGGCAGUUGCCCUCAGGGCCCGUCUAAACUGGACGUCCCUCUUGCCUGCGUCCAUCACAAAGGACUACAAACCUGUGGUGCAGACCACGGGCAACGCCAGGAUUGUGCGGGAGAUCCCUCAGCUGUUGGAUGCUCGCUCGGCCCCGCUCAUUGCGGACCAGGAAGUCCUGCGGCACCUCCCGAAGACCUACAUUCUGACCUGUGAGCAUGAUGUCCUAAGAGACGAUGGGAUCAUGUAUGCAAAGCGUCUGGAGAGUGCAGGUGUGGAGGUGACCCUGGAUCACUUUGAGGAUGGCUUCCACGGAUGCAUGAUUUUCACCAGCUGGCCCACCAACUUCUCGGUGGGAAUCCGGACUAGGAAUAGUUACAUCAAGUGGCUGGAUCAAAACCUGUAAAAGAGGAAAAUUUCCAAAAUCUUGACCUCCUGCACCUGCUUCGGAAAGAGAUGCACUUUUUAGUUGACUACUUUCCCCGUUAUUUGUGAGUUAUGGAAUCUCCAUUCCCUGCAGACUUUAUGUUAAUUUAAUUUUUGAAAAUGUGUUUGGCUAACGUAAGUACAAAAUGUCUGAAUCUGGUUCUCCAAGUGGGCCAGUCUCUCUGUUCAUGUUUUUGUUUUGGGGGGUUUUGUUUGUUUGUUUGUUUGUUUGUUUUAGCCAAACUACCACCAGUACUCACGGCUGCAGAAAGCAGGGCUAGGAGCUGAAAUAGCUUUGGGUUCUGUCUUCAACAAGAAAUUCUUUCUAGAAGAAAUUCUUCCAGCUGUGGAUGGUAUAUGUGGGCUCUUCUUUAACAUGUAGAGUUUACUUUAAAUUCAGAGCAGUGUUACUUGUCUGCACCUUAAGGUCAGUGUUGGGUACCAAGUGCCCUGUGUUCUUUACGGAUAGAUGGUUUUGUUUCCUAUGGGAAUUUCGGCAAAGGUUAGCAAGGACAAGCUUCUCAAAUGACUUUGUUCCUUUAGAGUGUUAAUUUUAUGGGAUAGCUAUCUGUAAGUCCAGUCAGUUUAUGAUGAUACUUGAAAGUUACUUUCUACCACUAUUAGAAAAUAUAAAGUUGCAUGUAAUGGAUAUCUGUACAUUGUAAAGUUUUUUGGUUAUGCUGUCUCCAUGGGGGAGAUCUUUUGGGAGCAAAUUCAUUUAGAUUUAGGAUAAAUUUGCCAUCACAGAAACAAGUAGAAACACACAAAUGAACUAACCUAUUUAUUUUCAUAAUGAAUACUUGACAUAAAUUACCAAGAGCAGUGUGUAUAUAUUUGGCAUAGUCAGAAAACAAGAUACAUUUAAUAUUGAAAUUAUGAAAAAUACCUUUAGAGGGUCUAGUUUAUUCUUGAAAACUCAACUUUUUCACUUACAUGGCUUUAAAUGGGGCUAUUUUGGUAUAUAUAUAAAUAUAAUGUAUUGUUUAUUUUUUUAAGUUAUUUAAUGUUAAUAUAUACAGCUCAACUUAAGAUUUUUCAGAAUAACAUCUAUAAUGAAUAUUAAAAAUAACAAUAUUUUUAAAAAACUACCUUAGAAUUAUAUCCACAUGUAAUUUUAUGGAAAGAGGUAAAGUAGCUAUUCAUACUACUAUACAUUAGGCUUAAAUAUUUUGAUAUCUAUAUGCAUAUACAAAUUAAAGAAAUUAGCAACUGUCAUACGCCUAGUAAAUUCAUCUACGUUGAUAGUUGGAGAACUUAGGAAAGACACACACUGCUCAUUUCUGCCUCUGAGGUGGAACGCUAGCUUAUAUUCUCUAGGGUGAAGCAUACCCGAUGCCUUCACCCUUUUUCUGUCUCCUUCGUACCUGGUCUAGGAGUUACAAUAGCCCAAGCUCGACUUCAUGUAAAGCCUUCACUGCCAGUGGGCACAUCUUUAGCAUAGCAAGGGAUUCCCAUUGUGGUUUGAGUGCCUCUCCUCUCCUUCCUACCACUUUUACCACUGCCCCGACCUGCUCUUUGCAGGGACUGCCAAGGCCAGGUCAUGAUACAGCCAGUUUAUCAGUGGAAAGGAACGGGAACCUCUUCACUCAUUUGAAAGAUGGGCAUUUCCCACUUCUGGCAAAGAAGUAAGUGGAACUGUACACCCUUCUUUUUCUUUUUUUUUUUUUUUUAAUUUUUUAAAAUGUUCAUUUAUUUUUGAGAGAGACAGAGCACAAGCA